ACCAUGGCUGUCCAUGGGAAGAAAGCACCACAUCCAUUUUUGUCCUCCAUCAUUGAUUCUGAUGAAUACCUGGAGAUCUACUGUCAACCAUGUAAGAUUGAAGGAGAUAGGCUUCCUGCUCAUGGCUUUUGCACAGACUGCAAUGAGCACCUUUGUUGCACUUGCUUCAAGCUUCAUAAGAAACAUAAACUCUCAAGAAAUCACACCCUUCUAGACAAAGAAAAUAUGCCUAAAAGAAUGCAUGUACCAACAUCUUUAUCUGUUCAUAAACAGCAGGCUGGUGAACUUACCAAAGCUUGCUCAAAACACCAAAAGGAAAUGAUCAAAUUUUACUGUCAUGACCAUAAAGAGUUGCUCUGUAGUGUUUGUGUUACACUCCAACAUUCAGCUACAUUAUGCAAAGUCGACUACAUACCUGACAUUUCUGUAGAUAUUACCAACAGUAAAUACUAUAAUGAUAUCCUUAGAAAUUUGGAUAGAGUAACUGAUCUCUGUCAGAAAAUAUCAGAGGAUACAAGGAAGAUAACAGCAAAAUCUGAAAAAUCUGUGACAGAUGCAGUGGCGGACAUCAGGAAGUUCAGAAAAGAAAUAAAUCAAAGACUUGAUGAAUUAGAAAGUCAAGCAGAAGAUGCUGCUAGAGCCCUUCAAGAAGCGAUCAGAAUUAAUCUAAAGACAGUGGAGAGAAACUGUGAGGAUACAGCAACAUCUUUGAAGACAACUACAGACUUUAUUAAACGUUUGAACGCAACUGAACAAGCAGACAGAUUAUUCAUGGAAUUGAAGAUGACAGAACAAAUGAUCGAAGAAUACGAAAAGAAAGUUCAACAAGUGACAUCAUACCAUGUAGAAGAAUAUGCCUUUCAAGCAAAUGAUGAACUUUCAACCUUUUUAAAGAAUGAUAUGGCACUUGGUACAUUUUCCAAGAAAACUGCAAAUGAACCAAAGGUUUCAUCAUCUGAUCAUGUAAGAACCAGACAAGCUAAUCUUCAGACCAAAAUUGGUGUGAAGACAUCAGGAGAUAAAGAGAUAUGUAGAAUAUCAGGUAUGACUCUCUUUACUUCAUAUAUUCUUAUUAUCACUGAUAACUUGAACGAAGCUGUUAAAUUAAUUGAUGUGAGAGGUCAAUUUGUUAUACACCAGAUAAAGGUAAAUGGUAAACCUUGUGAUAUUACCGCUAUUAGCAGUACUGAAUUCGCUGUCACACUUCCGUAUCGGAAAUCAAUUCAAUUCAUAUCAGCAUCCUCGAGCAGAUUGUCAAAGAAAACUACUUUUAAGGUUAAUGGAGAGUGUUAUGGUAUUAGUUGUUACAAAGGGGGACUAGUUGUGUCAUUUUGUAACCCAGCAAAACUCCAAAUCCUUGAUGUCAACGGAACAGUUCUGUCAGAUUACACAGGAGAAAAUAUCUUCAGCAAUCCAGUAUAUGUUGUAGCUUGCAGCGAUUUUAUAUAUGUAUCAGACUGGAAUAAGGGAACAAUUACUAGGUUAAACUGGCAGGGUGAUGUGUCUGGUAUUUAUGAUGGUAUGGAUGGUCCAUAUGGAAUAACACUGACAAAUAAAGGUACACUUUUUGCUUGUGAUACCAACAAAGGGGUAAUAGAAGAAGUGUCAGAUGACUGCUCUAAAGGAAACAUUCUCAUGAGUGAUUUAAAGAGUCUAGAAACUACCUGUUGGUGUGAAGAAACAAAUGAACUGUACUUCAGCACUUUUACUGGUGAUAUAAAAUAUGACAACUUUCUUCAAGUUUACAAGUUGUCAUAAAUAUCUAAAACUUUAGUUAUAUACUGUACAUAUUGAACAUAAAAUUAUUUACAUUGUUUGAAAGUGAACGUAAAGUAAAAUAUGUAAUACGCAUUUAAACUUAACAAAUCCUAUGCUGACGAACAUUAGAAACGCAUCACCAUCCAACAUGAUAUGUACUCUGUAGUAGGAGAUACAAGCAUUUUAAUUUAAAACAAAAAUUGCAAAUAUCAUGGAACACUUUAUUGGUAUUUACAACAAUUACAAUAUUUCUUGGACUAGAAAAAGAGGCCAGUCUAAUAGAGGCAGUUUCCGGAUUUAGCGUUGAUGAAAAAUCAGUAGCAGUUAUGACCCCUGUUACUUGUUAUUACAACAAAAUGUAAAGACAUUGUAGCAUGGAUCUCACUUAGCGUUAAAUGGUUGGCAUAGGGAUAUUCUGCCAUUCCUGGCUGCAGUUGCUGUGGAUGAUGUGCAAGUCUCCAUCCAAGCUCAUCUCACAUGUGGUUGAUGUAGUUCAUAUCGAUGUACACCGCAGGCCACUCAAGAAUGUAGAAUUGUGCAAACAAAUUACCUUAAAUCAAAGCAAACUCGAAAAGAAAGUCAUGUCCAAUGACUCCCUAAAUUGAUCACACUACAAUACAGGCGUAAAUUCUGACAUCGGUACAAACUCAGAAGACCAUCUGCAAAACUAAGGGAAAAUUGUGACUUGUCAGAGAAAAUCAUUUAUUCCAGUUGUGACAUUGAAUAUUGAUCAUUUAAUGGACCUAGCAUGCAUGAUUCUUUUGGUGACAUUGCAUUAAAAUUUGGUAGAAUUUGAGUAGUUAGAUGUAUACAAAUGUUGGCGAGAGACAAAAACAAUCAUGUAUUAUAAACCAUUUAACUAAUUUCGUAACACAAAUUUAACAUAAAUGCUAAAUGAAUGUUAUGGUGCGUGAAAGGUAAUGUCGCAAAAUGACAAUGUCAGUUAUGAUUUUUUCUGAUACCACGUAUGCCCAUCCUGACUAUUGAUCAUAGCUGUCAUUGCAUAGAUUUGACAUAAACAUGUACAUAUUUUUGAGUAGAUUUGCCCACUCUUGGACAAUUGGACUUCGCUUAGGUCUGUGACAACGCCCCCUCUGUAUAUUGAGUGAAAUUCAUCUUGUAUAUUUUCUAUCAUAUUUAAGUGUAAAGAUUUUUGUGGUACAUUCAUCACGUUGAUGUUAACGUUCUGAAAAACUGUUGUCGCUUUCGUUGUGUGGGCUGUUGUGCAACCCUGUAGCAGAUUUUGUAGAUAAUUUUUAACAUAAAGUGGAACAAUUUUGAAUGUACUCUUUCAAUAUUUAUUUUAAUAUACAUGUAUAUCCUUUA